AUUUGACACACUUCUUCGCAGCCCCAACUUUUCCGCAGCCCCAACAGUUUACUUUAACUUCAUCCUAAAAAUGACACAGGCCUCUGCACAAAAUAAUCCCAGGCAAAAGAAAAAAGAAGUGCCUAAUGACGUUCAAGUUCUUGAGAGUUUAAAAGAUGAAUUAAGUGUCCAUGCGUUUUGGAUCGAAACAGAAUGGCAAAAGUGGUCUAUCCAAAGUUUCGACGCUGCUGCAGUCAAAUUGAAUCCUGGUAUUACAAAAGCGAACGCCCACCUUGACCUCACGUACGACAUCAACAUAAUUUUGAAAGCUUUGAAAGACAAGGCAAGCCGCCGCUGCUUACGACUAAAACAAAUGAAAAACGAUCUGAAAAGUAAGUCGUGUAGUCCAUCUUUAUGUUUCAAAACAAACGCUGACUUGCUUUUUUUCUCUAUACUGUUAGCCAUUGGCAAGGACAAAAUCAAUAAUCACUUUUGGCGAGAACAAGUUGUCAGCGAGGCCUUGGUAGAAAGUGAAGAGAAAGCCAUGAAGAGAAAGCGAGCUGUUGCUGAGGAAUGUUUUGCAGUGGCUACCCUUGAAAAAAUGACAAACCAAACACAAGAACUAGUGGGGGCUAAAAGAUCUAUUGAGCAAGUUGGUGAAAGUAGCUCAAGCACGCCCAAACGACAGGAAAUGACUAGUCCACUCAAGGAGAGACAUCAAGCAGAUAACGGUGAAAAUGAUGAAGAAAAGGCGGAUCAAGAUUGCAUUAUGAUGAAGAUACGACAGCAACUUUUCCAAAAAGCAUUCGAUUUGAAAGCGGAGACAAACAUGGAUCGUCUGAAUGCUUUGUCUUUGUGUCUGUUGCAGAAUUGGCCCCUUCAAGAUGAAAUAUUAGAGCAGAUACUUCGUAUCUCUUUAUGCGGAAUCGUUGACAAGGCUCACGAUUGGGUGUCAACGUACAUGAAACGUUGCUUCAAAGCAGAUGAUUGGGAUAAUCUGGAUACACUACCACACCAUAUUCAUGAAUUCGACUCUAGCACCAAUGCCAUAUUUGAUCAUACAAUCAAGGUAAGUGUUGAGUUAUGGAUUUGGAUGGAUGUGAUUGGAUAUUGGAGAAGGAGACAAAUAUCGACACCCCUAUAUCCUUUAUAGAUUUUGAAAGGAAAAGCCAAGACCGACGGUGUUGAUGAUCAUGUCCACGAAACCCAACAAGCAUUGAUCUACCUUGCAGAACAAAAGGUGGUGGAAAUCAGAAAAAAAACCGACUCACCUGUUCUACAAAUAAUCGACGUUUUGGAAGCAUCGAUCAAAAAUGGUUUAUAUCGUU